GAAAAAAUAAUUAAUUGAUGUUAUAAUUUGUAGAUUGAUGCUAAUAAUGAUGGAUUCAUUGACAUGGCUGAAUUGAGAACAGCACUUGAUGUUUGUGGUUUUAAAAUGCCUGGAUAUAAAGUACGUCAAAUGAUUGAGGAAUAUGAUGAUAAACAACAGCCACAACAUAAAGGACGUUUGUCAUUUGAUGAAUUUGAAAAGUUGUGUAAAGAUUUAAAAGCAAAUGAGCUUGGUUCAUCAUUCAAACAGGCUGUAUCAAAGAAAGAAAAUUUAGAAACACUUGGUGGUAUUUCUGAGGCAUCAAGUCAAGGAACAACACAUUCAGUUAGACACGAAGAACAAUUGGCAUUUAGUGAUUGGAUUAAUACAAAUUUACGUCGUGAUCCAGAUCUCAAACAUUUAUUACCAAUUGAUCCAGAGGGUAGAUUACUUUAUGAUAAAGUUAAAGAUGGUAUUUUACUUUGUCAUCAAUCACUCGUGUCCAGAUACAAUUGAUGAGCAUACAAUAAA